CAGGAAAUACCAGCAACAACGAUGGAGUGGCUAUUCGGGAAGCGUAUGACGCCGGACGAGAUGAUGCGAAAGAACCAGCGAGCGCUUAACAAAGCGAUGCGAGAUCUGGACCGGGAAAAGAUGAAAAUGGAACAGCAGGAGAAGAAAAUCAUUGCCGACAUCAAGAAGCUGGCGAAGGAAAACCAGAUGGAUGCGGUGAAAAUUAUGGCCAAGGAUCUCGUUCGCACCCGCCGCUACGUGCGAAAGUUUAUGCUAAUGAAAGCCAACAUACAGGCCGUGUCGCUGAAGAUACAGACGCUCAAAUCACAGAACGCGAUGGGCGAAGCAAUGAAGGGUGUCACGAAGGCGAUGACGAACAUGAACCGCCAGCUAAACCUGCCACAGAUACAGAAGAUACUGCACGAGUUCGAGAAGCAGUCGGAAAUUAUGGACAUGAAGGAGGAGAUGAUCAAUGACGCGAUGGACGACGCGAUGGAGGACGAGGGCGAUGAGGAGGAAACGGACGCAAUUGUGUCGCAGGUGUUGGAUGAGUUGGGCCUGCAGCUAACCGAUCAGCUGUCCGGAUUGCCACAGGCUUCCGGUUCAUUGGCAGUGUCCGGCACGAAAACUCCUCAGGCAGCAGCAGUCGGAGCGGCUGGUGGUUCUGGUGGUGGAGCUGGCUCUCCGGUGUCGGACGCGGAUGCCGAUCUACAAGCACGACUGGACAAUCUCAGACGAGAGUAACGAAGAACGUACGUCCCUGUAUCCGAGGUACGUUUGUUAUGUUUUGCCGGACUGUGUUC